UUGUUUGAUGUGGAGUGGAAUGGAUGGAACUGUGGAGUUGAGUGGAAAUAUUUUGUUUGCUAAAAUUGUUUUACACAUGGUAAAUGUAAACUAAGUAACGCUUUUCUCUUUUAAUAGUUAAUACCGAUAAGUACGAAGGAUAGAUUGGAUUACAGCGUAAAUCAACUAUGUCUUCUUUUCACGAAAGACAAAAGAAUCUUUUCAACCUCCUGAAAGAUGCUGAAGAACAACAUAGUUUUUCCAAAACGAAUAAAGUAACAGAUGCUCCUGAUUACGGUGUGAUUGAUAGAAGAACCUAUAAACGCCUAAAACAUGAAAUGAAACAGUUUAGAGGCAAAGAAAGUAUAUUCAAGAAACAGGAUGCUAACAUACGCGAAUGCCUUCGAGCAAGGACAGUCCCGGAUCAUGUCAAAAAUCCAAAGAAAUAUGUUUACUAUUCACUAGCAGAUGUAACGCCUGAUCAAAUGUCGGAUGCGACAAAUACUGCGACUGCUCUAGCCUUGAUUCGCCAAAUGGAGGAACAAGAAGCAGAAAAGUCUAAAAUGGAUCAUGACGAUGAUGGCGAUACUGUCUUCAAAAAACCUACUUUUCGCGUGUCGUCAGCAGUCAAAAAGCUUUCCCCUAUACAAGAUGAGAAAAGAGUGUUUAAAAACAAUAAAAUUAUCAUGCCAGAAUAUGUUGUAGGAGUUUCACAAAAGAAAGAAAAGAAAAAUAAAGCAAUAAGGUCAUCCCAAGAAGGCGCAGAAACAAAGGAGAAGCAAGCAGAACUAAAGUUAAAUCAUCUGUAUGAUGAUGAUGAGGAAGAAACUUAGUACCUAUGUAAAAUUUGGUUAUUUAUGUUUGUAUAAAUUUAUUAUUAACAAUACAAUUAUUCAUAUGAAUUUAAA